UUAUGCAACAACCUCCCCAAAAGAUGCGGAUUAGAGCUUUUCCUUCGGCAGUUGACGAUUCUUAUAUUUCUUCAACCUGGGAUUUGUUGAAGAAGGCGAUUCAAGAAAUUCAGAGGAAAAACAAUUCUGGGCUGAGUUUUGAGGAACUUUACAGGAAUUCGUACACAAUGGUUCUUCAUAAACAAGCAGAUAAAUUAUAUACUGGACUUCAAGAAGUUGUUAGAGAACAUUUACAGACUAUGGUGAGAGAUGUUGUUCUUGACUCUAUAAAUGGACGUUUUUUGGAAACUUUGAAUCGGAUUUGGACUGAUCAUACAACCUCUAUGGUUAUGAUACGUGAUAUUCUAAUGUAUUUGGACCGUGUUUAUGUUACCCAAACUGGCGUUGAACCUGUUUAUCCGUUAGGAUUGAGGAUUUUUAGAACAGAAAUUGUUGACUAUCCGCCAAUUAAUGAACAUUUAAAAGCAACGCUUUUGGGACUUAUUUCAAUUGAAAGACAAAAAGAAAUUAUUGAAUGGAUUGAUUUAAAAAAUGUUUUCCAAAUGUUAAUAGCUUUGGGUUUAGACAACAGAAAAUAUUAUGAACAACAAUUUGAAAAUCUUUUUUUGCGAGAAACUGCAGAAUUCUAUCGCCGUUCAAGUCAAAAAUUUUUGGCAGAAAAUAGUGCUUGUGUUUAUAUUCACAAAGUUAAUGAAUGUUUGGUUGAAGAAGUUCAAAGAGCUGAACGUUAUUUGGAUAAGAUAACUGAGGCUAAAGUUAUUGAGGUUUUAAAUGACGAAUUAAUUGCUAAAAAUAUGGUUACUAUUGUUGAGAUGGAAAAUUCUGGUCUUAUUUAUAUGUUGCUUAAUGAACGAAUUCAAGAUUUGAGAUGCCUCUAUAAACUUUUAAAACGAGUUCCAAAUGGAACAAAAACAAUGACUUCCACAAUGAGUAGAUAUUUGAGAGAUAAAGGAGCAGCAAUUGUUAGUCAAAAUACUACUCAGCAGCAACAAGUUGAAGGAAGUGGGGAAAAUAUUGCUGGAGGUGGAGCUAAUCCUGUUAUGUUUAUUCAGAGUCUUAUUGAACUUAAGGAUCAAUUUGAUCGAUUUUUGCAGGAAGCUUUUAAUGAUGACAGAGAUUUUAAAAACUGUAUACAAUCAGAUUUUGAACAUUUUUUGAAUAUUAGUCAGAAGGCGCCUGAAUUUUUGUCUCUAUAUAUUGAUGAUAAACUCAAAAAAGGACUUAGAUCGUUAAAUGAAGGAGAAGUUGAAGUUGUUUUGGAUAAAGCUUUAGUAUUAUUCCGCUUUUUACUUGAAAAAGAUGUCUUUGAAAAAUAUUACAAACAGCAUUUGGCCAAACGUCUUUUACUACAAAAAAGUUUGUCAGAUGAUGCAGAGAAGUCAAUGAUCUCAAAAUUAAAAACUGAAUGUGGAUGUCAAUUUACUUCAAAAAUUGAGGGAAUGUUUAGAGAUAUGGAACUUUCUAGCACCAUUAUGAAUGAUUAUAAAGAGAAGGAUUCGAUUGAUUUAACUGUUCGAGUACUUACAAGUGUAUUUUGGCCCAUUGAUAACCAAGUUGCAAUGUGUACUCUUCCACAAUCUGCCGAACAAGUUUUUCGUCAAUUUGAGCAAUUUUACCUGGGAAAACAUAAUGGAAGGAAAAUUACUUUAAAUCCAGGAUUGGGGCAUGCUGAUGUUAAGGCUAUAUUUUUUGUUAAUGGAGCAUCUAAAGGAGAUUUAAAUAGACGAAAUACGGCAGGAGGAGAUGAUGAUCUUGCAAGUCAACAGGAAAGCGAAGCGCCCGGAUCUUCUUCCUCAAUGUUAGUCUCUUCAAGCAACAAAAACCCUCCUCAUCCAGUAAUAAUUCGUCGUCGUGAAGAACAAAAAAUAUUGACAGUUACCACAUAUCAAAUGUGCCUACUUAUGCGCUUCAAUAUUAACGAGAAAAUGACUUUUGAGCAAAUACUCAAUGAAACACAAAUUCCUGAAAAAGAGCUCAAACGUUGUCUUCAAUCCCUUGCUAUGGGAAAACAGUCACAAAGAAUUUUAUGUCGCAAAGGUGGCGGAAAAGAUAUAGAAGCAAAUGAUGAGUUUAGUGUAAAUGAUGGAUUUACUUCAAAACUUACUCGUAUUAAAGUUCAAAUGGUUUCUGUUCGUAGUGAGACUGAACCUGAACGAAAGGAAACUCGAUCGAGGGUUGAUGAUGAUCGCAAACAUGAAAUUGAAGCAGCUAUUGUACGCGUAAUGAAGGCUAGGAAAAAAUUGCUUCAUAACGAUCUCGUGACUGAAGUUACCAAUCAACUUAAAACUCGUUUCAUGCCAGACCCAAUAUUAAUCAAAACUCGGGUUGAAUCUUUAAUUGAACGUGAAUAUUUGGAACGAGACAAAUACAAUAUAAAAAUGUAUAUUUAUCUAGCAUAA